AUGGAACAAGUACGCCAUGGACAAGGGUCGUGGGCUCAAUUUGAUGACGAUGAUAAUUCUAUGGUUAGAAAACCCUUAUCAAUUCCUAUUUGUACUUCUCACUCUUAUUUCUCUACAGAAGCAUCAUCUUUCAUUAAUCAACAACAAACAAUGAAUCCACACUUUCCUAACUUGGGAUCAAUCAAUCAGAAUUUAGUGUUUCCUUCCUCUUUGAGUCAAUCAAAUGAAUUACUUAUGCUUAAGAAUCCUUCAGAUCCUACAUCAUCACCAUUUGCUGCAGCUCAUCACCGGUCACCAAGAUCAAUAAGUAAAACAGUGUAUCAUGGGAAUUUAAAUAGUCACUCGGAUAUGAAUUCAUCGCAUUGUACAGAGAUACAAUUUCACAGUCAUCAAUUGAAUAACUGGUCUAGUUUUAAUCAACCAACCGCUCAAUUCAAACAACAGUCCAAUACUACAGAUAUUACUCCAUUAGUUAAUACUGCUAAUACAACUACUACAAAUUUCUCUCCCAGUUUAAAUAUUUCAAAUGAUGAUUUUGCUGUAAGAAAUCAACGUAUUGUAGAUCCAUGGGCAGUUACAUCUGAUCAGAAAGCUUAUUAUUUAUCACAGUUUCUCAGACUACAGCCAGAUAUUGGUUCAAAACUCAGUGGAUUGCAAUCGAAGACAUUCUUUGAAUUAUCAAAUUUACCGUCUUCAGAAUUAUCAAAAAUUUGGGAACUGUCUGAUCUUGAUCAUGAUGGACAAUUAACAUUGAGUGAAUUUUGUAUUGCAAUGCAUUUAGUUGUGUAUCGAUUAAAUGGUGUUCCAAUUCCUAUUAAUUUACCGACAGUUUUAUUGGAAUUAGUUGAAACUAAUUGGUUAUCUACAAAGUUGUCAUCAACAUCACCAACUGUAAAAGUAAAUACCACCACUACUGCUACUACUACCAACGGUAGUUGUACUAAUAAUUACGAACUAACUAAUUGUACAUUGAAUUCUACUUGUCAACAAAAUCAUAUCAGUUCAGUCAGAUAUAAAUCAAUAGAUAUGCCUGAUUCAUGUCAACAUCACGAUAAUCAUCGUCUAUCAUUAUUCUUAUCCUCUUCAUCACCAAUUUCAUCUGUGUCAACUUGUCAAGUUAAAACACUAACGACAUCAUCAUCAAUUCAUGUCAAUACAUCUCGAACUGAAAUGAUUCAAUCUACAAAUUUUACAGAGUUGAAACACCCUCAUCAUGAACCAAAUCAGCAACAACAAAGACGUUGGUCUUUAUCUAGUCAAAGUGAUGUUAGCAGUUUAUUAGCAUCAGAAGAAGGAAUGAUCUUAUUCGAAUCGAAAUUAAAUGCAAAUGCACAAUUAAAACAUCCUAUCCCAUUAAGAGCUAAAACAUUACCAUCAAAUGUUAUUCCUGAGCUGGUGAAUUCAGUGAUGAGUACACCUCAAGAUUAUUCUACCGUAGAUCAUCAAAAUGAUUUUUCGCAUACAUAUCAACUUCCAUAUAGUAGCAAUAAUGAUAAUAAAUUUUCUACUGCAAUUAGUAAUCCAAUGAUUGAAUCAACCCCUCGGUUACAACCACAGCCGAUUACAAUUCAUUCAUCUCCUAUAUUAUUCAGUAGUCAACAUUCCGAUCCGAUAACAUCUCCGUCGUCAUCAGUAAUACAGAAGGCUCCACCUCCUCCACCACCACCUAGAGCUAAUUUGUUACUUGUCACUAAUAUUGAUUGUGUUCAUAAUGAUAAUAUGGGACAGAAAUGUGGUGUUUCACUAAUUGAAGAGAAAGAGGACUUUGUUCCAUCUCUUACAACAGAAUUCAACUCAGAAGAAAUGAAAUUAACAGAAUCUCAACAACCAUAUAUUACUUCAUUAAAUAAUAGUAAUAAUGAUAAUAAUAAUGGUAAUGAUAAUGUGGAUAUAUUAAAACGUCAAUGUGAUUCUAUUAGUCAAAUCAAUGAACAAUUAACUACAACAUUAAUCAAAUUACAACAAGAUAGAAUAGCAUUGAAAAUAUUUCUGGAACGUUUAAUGCCAUUAGAAACAAUUUAA